ACCUGCUCCAAAAGAAGACUAAAAAGAGUGUGGAGUAGACUGUGCACAAGGGUAGCUUUUUUUUCUUUUUUCUUUUUCUUCGGCUUUCUUCUCUUGCACUGCUCUGACACUGUGCUUAUGAGUUUUCCCAUUCUUUCAUAUCCUCAUACUGUUCCAAAUCUUUUUCCCAAUUUAUAUCAUUGUGUUGUACUAGUAUAUGGCUAUACGGAACUGUUCAUAAUGAGUGAUUUGUCGUAGUCUUUGUAUUUGUAUUUUUUGUGUGUGUGGUUUUUAUGUGUUGCACCUCAAUUAUCACCACUUGUGAGUUGUGAAAGUGUCUUUUUCAUUGAUCUGGUGCUUGAUGAUUUCACGCUUUUGUUUUGAGCUUGAAGAGGAAGUGAGUGAGUGAGUGAGUGAAUGAGUGAGAAAGAGAACUUUGGUAUUAGGGAAGAAGAUUACUUACUCACAUCUCUCUCUCUCUCUCUCUCACCCAUCAUUUCGUUGUUGAUGAUGACCAUGAUAAUGGGGGUGAGGAAGAAUGUGACCCUUUUGACCAGAUAAAGAGGAAAAAAGGAAAGGAAGAAAGCGAAGUAUGAAGAAAAGAUGUCCCAUUUGACGGACAUUGUUUGUGGAUUGUCAAUGAGAACAACAUAGAUAGGGAAAAAGAGACAAAAGUGUGAAGAGAAGAAAACACCACCCUCCCUCUUUCCUCUUUUCUUUCUUUCUCUCUUUCACUUUCUCUUUCUCUUUCUCACACGCUUCUUGUACUCUUGGAUGUGAUAGGACUCCUGGAAUUUUAAGGAGUGGUAUCUUUCUCUUUCUCUCUCUCUUUAUCUCUCAGCAAUAACAAUUAUCUCUGUCAAAUUUUUCUUUGAGCCAAAAGGGUGUUCGAUAAAAAUCAUAAAAAAUGCGGAUGUACCAAGCUUCUAAGGUGAGCGGUGGUGGGCAAGUUUUGGAUCUGGAAACCGCAGUGAAAGAUGGCAUCUUGGGCGGUGGAUGUGGCGCUUUGUUCGGUGGAGUUGUGGCUGAGAAAUUGGAUCUGAAGAAAAUGGUGGCAGAGCUGGAAUCUGUGGAUGUUCCUUCGGUGUUUAUUUGUCCAAUCUCACUGGAACCGAUGCAAGACCCUGUGACACUUUGCACGGGUCAGACUUAUGAGAGAUCCAACAUUCUAAGAUGGUUCUCUUUGGGCCAUUUCACUUGCCCAACUACGAUGCAGGAGCUUUGGGACGAUUCAGUCACUCCAAAUAAGACACUUCAGCAGCUGAUUUAUAGUUGGUUCUCGCAGAAGUACUUGGCUAUGAAGAAGAGGUCAGAGGAUGUGCAAGGCAGGGUUUUGGAGGUUUUGGAGUCUUUGAAAAAGGUUAAGGGUCAAGCUAGAGUUCAAGCGCUUAAAGAGUUGAGACAACUUGUGGUUACUCAUGGUUCGGUUAAGAAGACAGUGGUGGACAAUAAUGGGGUUGCUUUGGUUUGUUCUUUGUUGGGUCAUUUCACUUCACACGCUGUUGGGUCUGAGGCAAUUGGGAUUCUUGCGAAUUUGGAGCUCGAUUUGGAGUCCAUGGGGAUUCUGAUGCAACCGGCGAAGAUGUCGUUGAUGGUGGACAUGUUGAAUGAGGGGUCCAUUGAGACAAAGAUCAAUUGUACGAGGUUGAUCGAAACGUUAAUGGUUGGGAAGGAUUUUGGGUCUGAAAUUGUGUCAAGUUUGAGUCUUUUGGUUGGAUUGUUGAGGUUGGUGAGGGAUAAGAGAUACCCAAACGGUGUUUUUGCUGGUCUCAGUUUGCUCAAGACGGUUUGUUCACAUGAACCGGUUAGGAGCUCUGUUGUGAGCAUUGGGACUAUUCCCCAAUUAGUUGAGGUCCUACCCAGAUUGAAUAAUGAGUGUUUGGAGUUAGCCCUGUAUGUACUAGAGGUAUUGUCCACUCUUCCUGAAGGAAGAUUGGCUUUGAAGAAUUGCCCCAACACUAUCCCCAAUGUGGUGAGGUUGAUGAUGAAGGUUUCAGAGAGUUGUACACAGUUUGCGUUGUCAAUCUUGUGGGCUGUUUGCAAGCUUGCGCCAGAAGAAUGUGCCUCACAUGCAGUGGAGGCAGGUUUGGCAGCUAAGUUGUUGCUCGUAAUUCAGAGUGGUUGCAAUCCUGUUAUGAAGCAGCGGUCUGCCGAGCUUUUGAAAUUGUGUAGUCUAAAUUACACAACUACUAUCUUCAUUUCCAAGUGUAAGCUUACAAGAACGAUACAAUGAAAAGGAUAAUGACAAGUUGUUGAUAUAAGUCUCAUAUUUUUUUUCCUCAUUGGCCUAAGGAGCCAAGGAACCAAAGAGCUUGUGGGAUGCAGCAGAAUUUAAAAUGGAGUUCAUUGGGUUUCUGAGGUACCCUUUUCCUCUCUUGUGUAUACUAAGAAAUUAGAUUCCAUCAAUUAGGUCCAAUCGAAAGAAGAAACAUAAAUUGUGGAAUGAGCUCUAUAUAUUGCAUAGUUAUAAUUCUAUGGUCUAUAAGCAGGCUGUUUUCAGUGAA